AUGACAAAUAGAAAACGAAUAGAUAGAAAAAUUGUGAGGAAGCGCUACGAAGAUAUCAUGAAUUUCGAGCUAAGCAAAUCAAACAAAGUGAUGCAAUAUUUGCAUGAGAAAUUGUUGCGAGUACAGUCUCGAAGUUCCAAUUGGUAUAUACCUAGUGCUGAACUGGUAUACGUCGGUACUGGAGUGCAUCGCAGUGUUGAUACUCGAGCACAACUUGGAUGGAGGAUCACCCCCUUCCUAAGAUUGCAAUGUAUGGUGAAAACGCGUGCAGAAUCAAUCUCGAGGACAAAAGACAAUGCUGUAAAACCGUACCUCAUCAAUAAUGCCUGA